AUGACUGUUCUGUUUGUGCUUCGUUUACCCGCACGUUUUGUGGAAUUUCGUUCACAUUUUAAAAAGGUUUUCCUCGUACACUGUGUCCGCAAACGUGUUCAAUGUUGUUUCUACACCAAGGAUAUAAACGUGGAUCACCCAGGUCGUGGUCUCGAGCGGUACAAGGAGUUACAAUCGCAUUUCAAGAGACACUUGAAGGCAACAUACAGCAGGUUCGCAAACGUACCAGACCACUCAGCGGUUUUUGGACGUCACCAUAUUUACUUUUUGGAAGCAGACGGUAUCUACAGAACGGAAAAGAAACCACGUAAGACUGAACCAGAGCAGGUUCUCAACCUUGGAUGCAUCACAGCUGGUGAGGAGAUAGGUGAGUGGACUGUUCAAAGAAUACGACUCUCCCCUCAGGAGAAGCAUCUUGCCGCCACCUUGAAGAAACAUGCCACAGAAAAAACAAGGUGUGUAAUUGUGACACUCGGCCAAAGAGACAUACUGACUCUAGAUGACGUCUUUAGCUUUGAGUGGGCCACAGAUGAGGUGUUGUUUUACACCCUCCAGGAAGGUUUGAAGUGCCAAAAAGUGUAUCGUCUGGACUUGACCAAGAAUGGAAGCAUGAUAACUUCUGUGUACCAAGAAUUGCAGCCGGAUGUGUUUGUGGAGGUGUCCCUUUCCCGAGACCGCCAAGUGCUGAUCAUCACCUGCAGCAGCAGGAGCAGCUCCGAGGUGAUGCUCGUGGAUGUCACGAACCCCCAUCUGGAACCUACCCUGGUUCAGGCGCGCCAGCCAGAGCUUUUGUACCACGUGGAACACUGGAGACAGAACUUAAUCAUUCUCGCCAACACGGGGCCUGGACAGGAAUAUCAGGUGGUGAAGGCGCCCCUCUCAAAACCCUCUAUGGUCUCAUGGGACACAGUGUUCACCCCACGUUCCGGCACUGUGCUAAAAGAUAUGGAUGUGGUCGGGGAACAUUGCAUUCUGCUUGCCUCAAUGGCAAACAACGAGCUUGAACUGAUUGUCGUUCCACUCUCCCGACCGAUGGAAGCAUAUAGUUUGCAGCUACCUUUCUGGGCAUGCGUUGUUGAAUCCAAGCGUCCUGGCCUUGCAGACCAACUCGACACCUUCAAAUUCCUGAUCUCCUCUCCAGUCCGACCUCCGGUAUUGUACCGUCUUUACGCAGAGGACGGCCAUCUUUCAUCAGGUACCGAAGACAGGCCAUCUUGUUUUCAAAAGCAGCAAAGGAAUUAUAUCACGAAACGUUUGACAGCCUGCAGCAAGGAUGGUACCUUCGUACCAGUGACACUGCUUCACAGUGUGGAGUGCAAGAGAGACACACCUCUGCUUGUCCACGUCUAUGGAGCUUAUGGCCAGGAUGUCAACAUGCAGUUCUGCCCGGUAAAAAGGUUCCUGCUGGACCAGGGCUGGGCUCUAGCCUAUUGCCAUAUUAGAGGGGGAGGAGAGUGUGGGCUGGCCUGGCAGAGACAAGCCCGCGUCGAGGGGAAGCACAGAGGAGUGGAAGACCUUCGAGCCUGCCUCAGUUACCUCUUUUCCUCAGGGGUCUCCAGCCCUUUGCGGACAGUCCUCACUGCAUGCAGCGCCGGAGCUGUGCCGGUGGGGGCUUUGUGUAACGUACGGCCAGAUAUGAUGAGAGCAGUCAUACUGCAGAGUCCUUUCCUGGAUGUGCUGGGUACAAUGGAGGACCCCAAACUGCCCCUCACAGUGGAGGACAGGGAAGAGUGGGGGAAUCCCGUGGAAAACCCAGAACACAUGCAUACCAUCGCCUCCUAUUGCCCAGUCCAUAACAUUACCCCUCAGCGCUACCCGUCAAUGCUGCUGACAGCCUCCACAGAUGACGACAGGACACCUCUGGCUGGUGUCCUGAAGUAUGCCAAGAAGUUAAAGGAAGCGGCACAAACUCACUCCAACAUGGUGUCCAAAUCAGAUGCUGAACCAAAUAUAGUCGUGAAUAUCCAACCUGGAGCCAAUCACACAGGACCAGAUGGGUGGGAGUCCAUGCUGGAAGAGGAAGCCCUCCGGCUAGCGUUUCUCUACAAUGAGCUGGACCUGGACCCUCCUCGCCAUCCGCGCAGGAGGAAGAUAUAA